UGUCUUAAAUCGUGGAUUGGCCGUACAAGUUGCAAUCCAGCAGUCGCAUGCGCGGUAGCAACCAAUUGCUACUUUCUAUAUAGAGAAAUUGAAAACUUGUACGCAGCAUUGUAAUAGUAGCCUAAUAAUUGUGCGAUUAACUGGUUGCGCUGCUGUAUAUAUCGUGGUACAGGGUACAGUAGUUCGUGACAGUUUGGUUAAAGUAUAUUGAAUAAAUGUUGAAAGCUGCCUCUUCUUCAUUGUUGUUAAUUAUUUAUAAAUAUCAUAAGGCUAACUGAGAAUGAAGACAGCACCGGAUCCAUUAUACGUACAGACGUUUUUAUUUAAAGAGUCGAGUACGUGCCAAGUAUUUGACAUCAAAACAUCCACAUGUAUUCCUCCUGCUUGCAAUCUUCUUGUGGCGGACAAAAAACGUGGUUUGCUUUACAUAGGACAUGAUGAUAAACUCACUGUUUUCAAACCAGCGGAAGAAAACAACGCGGAAUGGAAACUGGAUCUUCAAUUGCCAGGAAUUAUAUCAAAAACUGCAAUUAAUUGUGAUUGUAGUUAUGUUGCUGUAGCACUGGCGCUAAAACCUACAAUUCUGGUAUAUGAUGCUCAGUCGCUAAUUAAAAAUAAUCUAUUACUGUUACUUGAAAUAGUAUCGUCCAACAAACCGGACAGUUAUGUGACGGACAUACGAUGGAAUCCUACAAUAGCCACGAUGUUUUGCACUGUCACCAGUGAUUAUACCAUUGGCACUUUCAAUUUGAAACCAGAGGAAGGAAAUUCCUUGUUUCCAAAAUUAUCCGUAGUUGCCAAAGUAUCGAAUGAACCGCAGGCACUGUGUGCAACUUGGAGUCCCAAAGGCAAACAAAUGGUAGUCGGUUGCAAGAAUGGAGAUAUUGUACAACUGAAGCCAGAUACUCUGAAAGUUGCCAGAAUCAUCACAGGUCCUUCACCUUUCAUUGGAGAAGUAAUUAGCAUCUUGUGGAUCAGUAAUUAUCAAUUCUGUGCUGCGUAUGUGAACAGUGAUCGGCACAUCAAUGUUCUCGUCAUCGAUGCGGUAAAAGGAGAAUCGAAUGCCACGUUUACAUGUUACGAGGAUAUCACAUAUGGAUUUUCUGACGCUGAAGGCGAAGGAAGUGUUCCUCGUUAUUACUUCGAACACGUGCCAGAAUGGGGUCUUAUUUUAGCCGGUAGCAGCAUUAGCAGUGAGAUAGCUGUGUUGGGCACAACGGACGGUGGAACGAAUUGGAAUCAAUGGCAAUUGGUCGAUAGCGGCAGGGCCCAGUUACCAUUGAUAAGAACCACAGAAAUAUAUCCCAUAGGUCUGGCUGUGGAUAAAUCUCCGACUAAGGUGUUACCGUGGGGUGCGGAUUCGACAUUACCACAUCCGGUUCCUAUCUUGCAUAUCCUUUCAACAUCCGGAAGAUUGUGCAGUUUUCACAUGGUCAACUUGACGCCAGACUGUCCGGCCGUCAAUUCUCCUCCAACGGAAGUUGUUACAGUUCCAGCUUUGGUUACGUCUUUAAAUCCAUCUCACUCCGCUGUUCCGUCUACAGAAAUGUCAUUCAAUAUAAACGCUGCGGCGACUAGUACACCGACACGUCCGAAACAAGCGGACGUGGUUAUGCCAGAUCGAACGCCCGCUCCGGUGGCAAACAUAUUCGGUAACUCUCUGAAAGUAGCAGGAUUCUUUCAGCAAUCUGUGGAACAACCAAAGUUGCAAGAAGAAAAACCAACAUCGUUGGUGGUUACAAAAUCACCGGUUGUGCUGAAAGAAACACCACCGGUUUUGGAGCCACCGAAGACGGAAACUAGAUUAGCGGCAGAUAAGGAAGUGAGCUCGCCACAAGCAGCGGAACAGAAAGCUUCCAUAGAUGAUAGCAUACGAAUGCGAGCUUAUCUGCAGGAGCAAGAGUUGUUUGAAAAAGAACUGCGGAAUAGAUUAGAAUCUCACGUCUGUGAAAUCAAUAUCUGGGAGUCGGAUGAGGAGAAAAAACGGCUGAAAGAAACGUCUGUCGUUAUCGAACAGUUUCUGAGAGAUUUGAAAGACACGACGAACAGUUUGUCCAGCGAUAUAGCGUACUUAAAAGCUCUGUUGCUCCAAUCAUUCGCUUGGGUGGAAGAAACAAAAUCGAAGAAUGCAGCUAGCACCGAUAUCAGCAGAAAUUGCAGUGAAAACACCAAAAUAGCGGAUCUACGGCGAUGGUAUUAUUACACGCAGACGCAGCUCAACCAAAUCGGCAAAGUCCUGGACCUGGAAUGGUUAGAGCAUAAAGAUCUGUCGAAAAAGUUGAAGAUGAAGAUCCCAAGCUUGGAGUACGUGUAUCAGAAUCUUCUGUUACAUCACAAGAUUCUCACAAAAGAGAAGGAAAAAAUUGAGCAAAUCUCACGACAGUGGAAAUCCCGUAAUCGCUUAGGAUACAGACCUGCCGACGUAUCCAGUCUCAACUGUUCGAUGGCGAGUCUACACGUAAGUUCGCCGAAAUCGUCGGUGUCGGCCAUACGAGAAAAAACCGAUAUCAUAGACGCUCGCUGUAAAGCUAUCGCCAUGAAGACUCUGAGUUUCACGCACGAGAAACAGAUCAAGUUGAAAGCGUUACUCACUGAAUCAUCUCCGAAAACCAUUAAGUUAGUCAAUCAAUCAACGAUCCAGGAUCGUUUGGAGGCCACGCUCUUUUCUUUGGCAUCUGUCAAUCCCGCGCUUACCGAGGCUAAAACCAAACCCGAACCACCGAUUGUUAGCAAGCAAACCACUGUCAAGCAGACACUCGAAAAAUCAGCUAAAUCAUUAAGUCCCCUUGCUUCGUUAAACAGUAUCGUUGCAAGAAUCGGCUCGUCCGACACGAGCGGCACUAUCGUGCAGAACAAACCCCAGCAGAAGCCAAUUCCCGCAACCGUUUCUUUUCCCGUUGCAAUUUCUACCAAGCAAACAGAAAAGAAGUCUGUUGUACUAGCAACUACCAAAGCGUCUCAACCAAAACUGAAACAAGAUUUCAAUGCCUUCCCAUCGUCUAUCACGUUUGGAAUGUCAGUACCGAAGUCUCAAGAGAUACUAUUUCCGAAAUCUCCUCUCAUUGAUGCAAGCGCGAGGAACAAAGAAUUAAUGACCAGUGAUAGCAUUUCUAAAGCUCCGGAGUCUGCUUUAUUCUCAACUGGUUUGUUGAAGGAAGCAUUGUCAACGAAAUAUCCGCUAAGUGCGGACACAGCUCGUGUGGAAGUCGCUCAUAAUCUACCGUCGCUUUCCGCAGCGUCAACUGUAAAAACAGAUGCAGCUGCUACGUUCAGUUUUGCUGUACCUACGAUUCCCCCAACUGUGACAAAAAGUUCUUCCGGCGCCGCGCUUGACUCGAUGUCUUUUGCUUAUUCGAAAUCGCAACAGUCUUCUGUUAUAGAAACACCUGUAAUGACAGCUCCGACGUUGACUCAAGCGCCGAUAGAAUUGUCGGCUUUAUCCUUGGGAUCACCCGUCUCGUUAACUUUGCAAUCAGCAAAUCAUUCGAGCAACGUCAACAAUGGAAAAGUGAAUGCGAUUACUGGCAUGAACUUUGCCAUAUCUACACCUGCAUCCGUUACCACGCAGAGUCUCUCUAUGACUCCUGUUGCUACAACCAUUGCAACUAUCUCUGGGGUUACUAUCAGUCUCGUAGAUGCAAAUGCUGCUCGUAAAUCGACGGAACCAAUACCGUCUAUCAAUUCGAUCAGCAUCGAGAAACUUCCUGCACCUGAAAUGAAAGCACCUAGUUUCGAAAUCACGUCAUCAGCUAACGUAGCCUCAACUUCGUUACCUGCGACACAGAUAUUUGGUCAACCUAUUCUGAAGAACACACCUACGGUUUCAGAAGUGACAACCAUCACACCGUCCACUGCGAUUAACUUUGGCGCGGCUGUUUUUCCAUCGAUCGCACCCACUUUCAGCACGUCAACUUCGGCAUCGACCACGUCGGUAUUUAGCGGAUUUGCGAACGCGCCUACCGGCGCCAGCUCUUUAGCUGCGCCUGUAAGCAGCACCGUAUCUUCUUUCCAGAACUCCUUGAACAAACCGUUCGGUCAACUUGCCACCACCUCUAGUAUGCCAGCCACGAGUUUUAGCAUCAGCCCAAGUAAUACUUCCGCGAGCACAAUCUCAUUCGGUUUGACCGCAAUGACAACGACGACGACGACGACGACGACGACGACGACGACGACGACAACAACAAUAACAACAACAACAACAACAACAACAACAACAACAACAACGACCGCGGUGUCAUCGACGACAGCUUCGAUCACACCGGCAUUUGGUAAAAGCCCAAUAACGUCUCCGACAUCAAACGCGCAAUUCCCAAGCGUGCAGACAAUUUCAUCGACGGCGAAUGUUUUCGAGAAACCUAUAAUCAGCCCCGCUUCGACACCGUUUGGCAAUUCUUCGUCCUCUGUGUUCUCCAAUGUGCCCGCUGCAUCCCCGAGUGCAUCCUCUAUAUUUGGAGGCACCGGGAGCAGCAAUACGAACUCUAUCUUCGGAUCAACUCCGUUGUCUUCUGCGAGCGGAAGUAUUUUCGGCGGUAACGCGACCGUUGGUAGUGUGACAGGAUUCGGCAUGGCUUCCUCAAGAUCUCUAUUUGGAGACACCAGUGCUCAAAAGUCCGGUAUUAUGUUCGGUGAAACGACAAACACGGCGUCCACCUCUCCGUUUGGCAGCACGUCGAAUAACACGACAGCCGGUAGUUCUGCUAGUGGCGCGAAUGUUUUCGGAUCUCCUGCGACUAACACGUCUCCGAUACAGCAACCUAUACUUAGCAAUCAACCUGCUUUUGGACAAGCUCCCGCUUUCGGCGCCAGCCCGGUGUUCGGAUCGGGGCCUUUCGGAGGAUCAAAAUCUGUCUUUGGAAGCAGUGGUUUUGGUUCACCUCCUACGUUCGAGUCUCCUGGUAUAGGAUUUGGAAGUCAACCUAUCAUGCAAGGCUCAAUGAUGGAAAAUGUGCCGAAAGUAUUUGGAGAAGUAGCUGGUAGCAGCACGUUCGAAUCUUUAGCUAAUCAAUCGGGUGGUCUCAGUUUUGGUAGCUUGGCCCAGAAGAGUCCAGAGUCAGAAAAACCGACAUUCACUACCGGCAGUUCGUUCUCUAGUUGGAGAUAAUAAAAUACGGUCACACAUCCAUAGAUUUCUUCGUAAAACUAUCAUGUCAUCUCUCUUAUAUCGGCCAAAUAAGAAGAAGAAAAAAAAAAUACAAUCGUGUGUACAUUGUUUUAUAUGAAAAGUAAUGACAAAAAAGAAUAGG